AUGAGCCAACAGCAAAUGCAAAAGAUAUUGGAGGAGACAGCUGCAUUGAGCGAUCACAAGAUCAAGAGUGAGAAGUACAAGUCGUUGUUACAACAGUUGGUCGAUACAAAGGAUCUCAACAAUCUCAAAGUGUUCAUCACUCAUGUUACUGAGGAGUCUACACCAUUGGUCAUCUCAAGAUCGAUCUUGACCACGUUGACUGUGGCUUUGAAGGGACUGGACAGCGCUGCUCAGAUGUCAUUGAGCAACUAUAUCCUUGAGCGUAUUCAAGACAGAGUUGUUGCCUUUGAGGAGCAGGUCUCUGACAUUCGUUACAACUUGGCCAAGUUGCUCGAGAGACAAGAGAACUGGAGAGAUGCGGCCAAAUGUCUGAUGGCAAUUCCACUCGACAGUAGCCAACGUGUCAUCUCACCAGAAUACAAGGUAAAGAUAUAUGUCAAGAUUGCUAGAUUGUUCUUGGAAGAGGAGGAGUCGGUACAAGCCGAGACAUACAUCAACAGAGCAUCAGACUCUAUCCAUCUUGUCAAGAAGCAGAAGUUGAUCCUGGCACACAAGACCUGUUUCGCAAGGAUUAUGGACUACAAGCGUAUGUUCUUGAAGGCCAGCAACAAGUAUUAUGAAUUGUCAACUAUUCUGCCAAGCGAGGGCGAUAGAGCAAUGGCAUUGAUGUGCUCAAUCAUCUGUGCCAUUCUCGACAAGGCAGGUCCACAGCGAUCACGUAUGCUUGCCACUUUGUACAAAGAUGAAAGAAGCUCACAGUCCGAGGCGACCAAGGUUGUCUAUCCAAUUCUGGAGAAGAUGUUUUUCGAAAGAGUAUUGAGAAAGUCAGAGGUGACCAAGUUUGCUCAGUUGCUGAAGCCUCACCAGAUGGCUUUGUUGUCUGAUGGUGGAACGGUGUUGGACAAGGCAGUGAUGGAGCACAACUUGUUUGCCGCAAGCAAGAUUUACAACAACAUCACUUUUGAUGAGCUGGGCUCACUGCUGGAGAUCCCUUCGGACAAGGCCGAGAAGAUCGCCGCCAAGAUGAUGAUGGAGAGUCGUCUCGUUGGUUCAAUCGACCAGAUUGACCGUCUGAUCCAAUUCGAGACCGAAGGCGAUUGUUUCUCUCAAUGGGACAAGAGCAUUGAGAACAUCUGUCUCCACAUGAACUCAAUCAUCGAGAACAUCACAACCAAGCAGCCAGAGUUUGUUGUUUAG